AUGAGUCUGAUAAGCAGGGAAUUUUGGGUUGCAGGGAAGGGGAGAGAAUUGGCAAAAAAAUAUGAAAGUGCCAUUUUGAUGAUGUCUGUUUUGUACAUCCCCAUAAUACUACUGUUGCAGAAAAUAAUGAAAAAGAGAAAAGGAAUAGAAGCAAAGUUAGUAAAAGUGACAUGGAAUAUAUGUUUAUCAUUUUUGUCUUUGUUAGGGGUUUUACUGAUUCUUAUAUAUGAUAGAGAUGUAUUAAAAUGUAUAAUAAUGGAAGAGUCAGAAUAUAGGGCAGAAACAAGAGCAGUAAUAAGUAUUUUUACAUUAACUAAAGCAGUUGAAUAUGGAGAUACAAUAUUUUUAAUUUUGAAAAAAAAAAAAUUAACUUUUUUACACAGUUACCAUCAUUUAAGUGUUGUAAUUUAUUGUCUAUACUCCCAGAAAGAGUUGGUUUCUCAUGCACAUUAUUUUGUUUUCCUGAAUUUAGUAGUACACACAAUGAUGUAUUUUUAUUUUGGAUUUAUAUAUAUAUUACCAAAAAUUCUGUACAAGAUCAGAAAAUUUAUAACAUGCUUACAAAUAUUUCAAAUGUUCAUAGGAAUAUUCAUAUCUUAUUAUGCAAUAAAAAAUGUAGAGAAUCAAAUAUAUGUAAGAAAUGCAAUAGCAAGUUUUGUUUUAUAUCUAACAUAUGCCAUUUUGUUUCUAAAUUUUUAUUUUAAUAAUUAUUACACAAAUAUUAAAAGUAAUGUAGCUACAUAUAUUAUUAGUGUGCAUAUAUUAGGGAUUAUUGGACUUAUAAUGAUAUGUAAAAGUAAUGACAUUUUAAGAUUAUUUAUAGAAGUUUCCAUAGGCUGUGUAUUUACCUUAACCUUAUUAAAUUUUUCCUUUUACUUUAACGAAAAAUACUGUCAAAUUUUGUCUAGUAAAAUUUCAGAGGAAAAAAAUUUUGUGGAACAAACAAAUUUAUUUAACAAAUAUAAAAAAAAAUAUUAUUCAAACAUGGCUUUUCUAAAAAAAAUGACAAUAAAUAUGAUAAAAACUUUUUUGUUAUGUUUCAAUGGUUUGGCAACAUAUGCACACGAUAAUAUAUUUCUUUUUGUUCAUUUUUAUUCAGAAAAACUCAAAAAAAUUGCACAAGAUUCAGUAGCAGUGGGAGGGAAGUCCAACAAUAUUUCAAACAGGUUUCACCACCUGGAUGACAAUAGGAUUGCAGUAGCUGCACACAAUUCAGGACAUGUGAAACGUGGAGAAUAUGCAGUACAUGCAGAAGAUGCAGUACAUAAAGAACAUGCAGAACAAAGGGAGAAAAAAUUAAAUAAGCUUUUUUUCCUAAUAAAAGAUCUUUACAACAAAUCUAUAAUUUCAUAUAUAAUAUUAAAAUCACCCAUUGAAAAUAUUUCCAAAAAUUUGGAUAACAUUUCAUCACCUGACCAGUCAGGUAAAUAUCAAUAUUUUAAACUUUUUUACAUAAUCAAGCAAGUCAUACAAAAUUAUGUUCUCUACGUUCUUUGUUUAAUACUACCCAUAUAUUACGGAUUCAAGGUUUACAACGAUGCACUCCUUGGUCUAUGUGUUCAUGGUGCACUUAGAUGGCUCAUCGAAAUAUAUUCAACCAAAAUUUUUAACAAGUCACAUAAGGUUCAUUCAUACUGA